AUGGCUGGCACAUAUUCUUUCCUUCCCGGCGACCUCAACGCUUCACUGAAAAGCCGGAAUAGACCCUACACUGGAGUCCGCUUGCCCUCGUCGUCCCCUGCUAAGAAACGCGCCUCGUCCUUCUAUCCUGACCACGGCCCAGAGAUUGUGGACGAGACAAACCCGGAUCCAUUCUACCUCGAACACUCCCUGGGCAGGUCGGGUGCUUGGGGCCGUAGCAGACGGGACAUUCGCGAUGUCCGAUUCUGCGAGGAGUCCAAGCAAUAUUUUAUGUUAUCCUCCGCGAAUCACAGUCAGAAGGAACCGACGUUUCCCAGAUCUGUAAGAGGCGAAUCAAAGCGGGCUCACCGUCCCGGGCAUCCUGAUCGACCGACACUUUCCGUCGUUGAAUUCGAGCAUCAAUACUCUCUUCCACCACAAGUUGCAGUUCCACGUUGGGAAAAAUACCCCCUCCACCAAAGCCAGGGCUCUUUCAGCUCCGUCCAGACCGACGCAACUCCCGACCUGACUCCGAGCAGCUCGUUCUCAUCGAAUUACUCCUCGGCAUUCUACCCCGACAGUGGCCUGCAAGGCUCUGACUAUCCUGCUCUGCCAGCCCAGUUGCCAAACCAGAGUACGUAUUCAAAGUCCUUGGAGAAGUUUCAUCAAGCUUCUUCUACGCCAUCAGGCGGUCUACGACCAGCUUCGUCCAAGAGUCCUUCGACGCCCGCGCGGAACACCGAGUUCGCAAGUUCCACGGAAACCUUGAGGAUGCCACGAACAGAUGACCAGGAUCUUUCAUCUCGACGCGGGAAACCACUCCCCUCUCUUCCUAUCAAUCCACGUCACGGCAGUGGUGUGUCCAGCAAGAGGGGCACCAAUUCCAGUGGUCGUCGACCUUCAAUUGAACCCUCGAUGAUUUCCCCUCCCUGUCUCAUCAACCCAGUCACUCUCGAGCCGCACACAACCCAUUUCGAUCAAGCCAUGUUUAUUCCUGCCAACGAAUGCCCUAGCCCUGUACCCAGUCGUGGCCCUCCCUCUCCAACGACAACGAAUGAAGCCCCCGUCUCUUCGAAAAGGGAAAGGCCGUCGACCUCGGCCUCCGAGGCCCCCUUUGAGCAUUCCGUGUGGGAGCCUGAUUCUGAUUCUGAGUCUCUGGGUCCGAAAUCACUGUCAAAGAAGCCUAUGGACACCCUGAAGAAAGUGCGCAGUCGGGUGCAACUCCGUGUUGCGAAGUCCGCUCCUAAACUUCAGAGUUCCACACCCUCUCCACCAACAGAUCCACCCCUGGAGAAAUUCCCGACAAUGCCUGAUCAUCCGCCCAGGAAUCCAUUCCCUGAACCUGUCAAAUCCAUGGCACCUUUGACCCUGUCAAGUCGUGAUGUCUUCCGGCCGUCGCCAUUGCAGACACUGCGACUCGUUUCCCCGUCGACUACCUCCCUUGUGAGGACUCGCACACCUCGGUCUCGUCGGAACAGCAGCCAAACUAGGGCUCAGAAUCGGGAUCAGCCUCGGAACUACGACUUUGACCGGUCCGCCGCCGCCGCCAUCCAGGCCAAAUCCAGACGCAAACAGCGGUCCGAUUCGCUUGCCACUUGGCGUGUAACUGACAGGGAGAAAGUUUGUACUUUCUGCCGCGAGGAGCGAUCUGACGUGGCCAUUCAUCACAGCUUGACGCUUGCACGCCCUCCCCUCUACAAACGUGUUUGGGAGUCAUUGCGUCUCCUGGGUUGUCAUGGUGACAUUACUCCUCCUAAAUCUCUUCCACGCAAAUCGGUGUAA